AUAGGAAGGCUUGUGGGAGUCAUAAUGCAAACCUGGGGCACUGUGGUGGUGACCCUGACAAUGAUGAUAGUUGCCACUGUGGAUGCCAAGAUCUAUGAACGCUGUGACCUGGCAAUGAAGCUGGAGAAGGCAGGCCUCAAUGGCUUUCGAGGCUAUGGCAUUGGAGACUGGCUAUGUGUGGCACAUUAUGAGAGUGGCUUUGACACCUCCUUCAUGGACCACAAUCCUGAUGGCAGCAGUGACUACGGCAUUUUCCAGCUGAAUUCUGCCUGGUGGUGUGACAAUGGUGUUACACCCACCAAGAACCUCUGUCACAUGGAGUGUCAUGACCUUCUCAACCGCCAUAUUCUGGAUGACAUCUUGUGUGCCAAGCAGGUAGUGUCCUCACAGAAUGGUAUGAACGCCUGGGGUUCCUGGAUCCAGCACUGUUAUGGCCAUGAUUUAUCUGAGUGGCUCAAGGGGUGUAAUAUGCAUGCAAAACCUGGCACAAAGAGAAUGACUUCAUGA